ACUUGUACUUCACGAAAAUUAUAUAAAUGUCUGUUUUUUUUAUUAGGUGUUCAAGACUUUUCUAAAUUCGGGGAUAGAAAGAGUAAAUCUGCAAGUUGUGAUUGGAGGCCCACUGAGACAUCACGUGGUUUGGGUCGUUGACAGUAUAAACCCUUGGAGACGGGUGCGCACGUGGGUGACGCUGCAGGGCCAACCCUCUUCGGGGUCCCUUUUGUUGAACCAUCAAACAUAAGCACCUUUGGAGAUCCCGAGGGGUUCAGAUGAGAAACAGCUAUCAUCUUGUUACACGGAGCGACCACUUAUCAGCAGCACAGCCAUGUCGAGGUCUUUUUACGUCGAUUCUUUGAUAAUCAAGGAUACGGUGCGACCUGGACCGGUUGAGCAUCCAGGACAAGACUUCCUUAUUCCCAUCAGCAUGCACUCUCCGAGCGUAAUGACGGUCACCGCUCCGGUGUGUCCGUCCAGGAAAAACGGGACUUUCUGUGUUUGCCCGCUGUGCGUCACGUCCCACAUCCACUCUUCCCGCAGCGGCAUCCCCAUGCUGAAGAGUCAGUUUCCAGGAGCGGAGGCGCAGUACUGUCAGAGAAUAGCGCAUCAGCAGUCUCCGGCUCUGGCGCACCCGGGACAUACACCUGUCUGCACGCCCACCUUCAGCGUCACAGAUCCCAGGAGAUACCACUGUCUCUCUAUUGGCGCCUCUGAGAACAGCCACAUACAGAACGGCAAGAGGAUGCGCACGGCUUUCACAAGCACGCAACUCCUGGAACUUGAAAGGGAGUUUUCCACGAACAUGUAUCUGUCGAGACUCAGAAGGAUCGAAAUCGCCACGUAUUUGAACCUGUCAGAGAAACAGGUGAAAAUCUGGUUUCAGAACCGCAGAGUGAAGCACAAGAAGGAGGGCAAAGCCACCCAGAGGAGCGCGCACAGCGGUUGCAAGUGCACAACCGGUCACACAGACUAUUCAAGGUCAGAGGACGAGGAGUCUCUAUCUCCGGCCUCUGCUGAAGAGGAGAAAGAGGUGUCACCCAUCUGAGAGAGACGCGACUCCCUUAAUUCCAACUGCUGGCACUUCCUCUGUCCUGCUCCAGUUAUGGGUUAAGGCAUCACAGCAACCUCUGGGCCAAAACAUUUUUUUAUUUUUUUUAAAUCUCCUGCAUGAAAAUCUGAGAAGAAGUGUUGAAAAUGUUUAUCCUACUUUUAAAGUGAAGUAUGUGAAUACACGUUUUAACACUGCCCUGAAAUAUUGUGCAACUUUGACCUCCUGUGUGCCGUAACAGAGUGACGUAUCUUCACCUCACCUCACACACCCAGGGCAUGUUAACUGUCCCCAAGUCAGUGUGUUCAAUUACCGAUAUCCCAUCACUGUCAGCGAGGCUGUGUGUCGAUGAAAGCCUUUAGAAAUAGCUUCUAAGCCUAACCUGUGUGGAACAAUUUGUAAACUAUGUAUAUCUGUAUUUAUUGUAAUAAACAUGACGAG